AAAUUUCCCUUUUUGGAGACGGUCGCGAUUUUGAUAGGGAGCCAGUGAUUGCGAUGUAAAUUUCAGAUCCUAGAACCCAACCAACCCAUCACAAUGACGUCGAUGACCUUUGGGCAGAAAAAGUUCAUACCCACGGCGCCGGAAAAGGGCAGCUUCCCGCUGGACCACGAGGGUCAAUGCAAGAAGCUGAUGCUGUACUACAUGCGCUGCCUGCGGGCCAACAACGACGAUAACUCCGCCUGCCGGCAAGAAUCCAAAGCUUACCUGCAGUGUCGCAUGGACAACAAUCUGAUGGCCAAGGAGGAAUUUUCCAAGCUCGGCUUCGCCGAUCUCGAAAGUGAAAGUGCUAAGAAGAGUGAACAGAAGUGAACACGUAGUCUCUAAUAUUGUGUUGAACUGUUGUUAUAAACUUUAUAUUGAACAAUGUCCAAAAAGAACAUUCUGAUCGGGUGCACCGGAAGUGUGGCCACGAUCAAACUUCCGUUACUGAUUCAAAAACUGCGUGAGUCCAAUUCGAACGUUGAAAUUAAAGUGAUAGUUACCCAAAACGCGGAGCAUUUCUUCGCCGCAGCGGACAUCCCUGAGGAUGUCCCCAUACACCGGGAUGCCGACGAGUGGAGUAGCUGGAGUGGUCGCGGAGAUCCGGUACUGCACAUCGAGCUGGGCAAGUGGGCGGAUCUGAUGGUGAUUGCACCGUUGGACGCCAACAGUUUGGCCAAAAUGGCAUCGGGGCUGUGCGACAAUCUACUGCUGUGUACGGCGAGGGCUUGGGAUUUGGGGAAACCGUUGUUCUUCGCGCCAGCCAUGAACACCCGGAUGUGGGAGCAUCCGAUAACGGCGCCACAGAUCGACACGCUCAAGUCGUGGGGUUUUAGGGAGAUUCCCUGUGUGGCCAAGACGCUGAUGUGCGGCGAUACUGGGUUGGGAGCGAUGGCCGAAGUCGAUACGAUUGUGCAGUGGAUUGGGAGGUGUUUGGUGGAGCUGGAGUUGCGGGGAACUUAGGGAUGCGAUGAAAUUAAAUGUUUGAAUUUUUGUAACAGGAAA